CUUCUCUACUCCCAUCUCUCGAAAAAAUCAUGGACAACCCUUACCUCGCUCAUCUACCCCCCUCUCAGCGUGGCGCCGGGCCAUCCAAAGCCAAAAUUGAUACCUCGAAAGAGCCACUAUGUGGUUUUUUGCCCAGAAAAGUCACCGGUAAACAGGCGCGGCAAGCUCUGCUACCCGUGUAUUCCCAGAUGGAUGACUUUUUCAAGAUGUUCAAUGAGAAUCAGAUCAUUGUAAUGGUUGGCGAGACUGGAUCAGGAAAAACGACACAAAUACCUCAAUUCGUCGCGUACUCAGAUCUACCGCAUACAAAAGGCAAACUCGUAGCAUGUACCCAACCUCGUCGUGUUGCAGCGAUGUCAGUAGCAAAACGGGUGGCGGAUGAAAUGGAUGUCCAGCUUGGUCGACACGUCGGUUAUUCAAUUCGAUUCGAAGACAUGACAGAGCCUGGUACAACUUUCCUCAAAUACAUGACCGACGGCAUGCUUCUCCGGGAAGCAAUGAACGAUCCCAAUCUCGAGCGAUAUUCCACUAUCAUCUUAGAUGAAGCGCACGAGCGGACACUUGCCACUGACAUCCUCAUGGGUCUCCUGAAAGACCUCGCAAAACGCCGGUCCGACCUCAAGAUCAUUAUAAUGUCCGCAACUCUUGAUGCUCUCAAAUUCCAAAAAUACUUUGGCCUUACCGCUGGUACACCGGCACCUCUAUUCAAAGUACCCGGCCGUACACAUCCUGUAGAGGUGUUCUACACUCAAGAACCCGAGCCCGAUUACGUGGAAGCUGCUAUCCGAACUGUCCUUAUGAUCCAUCGAGCCGAAGACCCUGGUGACAUCUUACUCUUCCUCACCGUAAACCAGGACCCAGACUCCGUCGGCCCUCUAGUUUGUAUACCUCUCUAUUCUUCCCUACCCCCUCAACAGCAACAGCGCAUCUUCGACCCUGCACCUACUCCUCGAACACCCGACGGUCCCCCAGGCCGAAAGGUCGUUGUCUCCACCAAUAUUGCUGAGACGUCCUUGACAAUAGAUGGAAUCGUUUACGUCGUUGAUCCUGGCUUCUCCAAACAGAAAGUCUACAACCCCCGGAUACGAGUUGAAAGUCUACUCGUAAGCCCUAUAUCUAAGGCCUCCGCCCAGCAAAGAGCGGGUCGUGCGGGUCGUACGAGGCCAGGGAAGUGCUUCCGGCUUUAUACGGAGAAGGACUUCAUGAACGAGCUCGAAGAGCAAACCCAUCCAGAGAUUUUGAGGUGUAAUUUGAGUAAUACUGUCCUGGAGCUUGUCAAAUUGGGCAUCAAGGAUCUCGUACGGUUUGACUACGUUGAUGCUCCGGCUCCCGAGACGCUGAUGCGAGCUUUGGAGUUACUGAACUUCCUCUCUGCGUUGGAUGAUGACGGUAACCUAACGACCUUGGGUAGUGUGAUGGCAGAGUUCCCGCUCGAUCCUCAGGUACUACCGAACGUGUGGAUACGACCGCCAAAUGCACGUAACCAAGCCGAUGCAGCAAAAGCCCUACUCACUGUCCCCGAUGGCGAUCAUCUUACCAUGUUGAAUGCCUAUAAUCAAUAUGUUCAAAAUAAGUAUGACAAGACCUGGCUGUACAACCACUUCCUCUCCGCUCGAGCUCUCGCCCAGGCGGACAACGUCCGUGCACAGUUGGAGCGAACCAUGGCCAAAUACGAAGUAGAACUGCUUUCACUCUCGGACGAGAAGAAACUGUACCAGAACAUUCGUCAAGUACUUGUUUGUGGGUUCUUCAUGCAAGUGGCGCAUAAAGAGGGAGAAAAGGGAAAUUAUCUCACGGUCAAGGAUAAUCAGGUCGUGGCACUUCACCCGUCCUGUGGCCUUGACACUCAACCAGAAUGGGUUAUCUUCAACGAAUUUGUGUUGACGAAGAGACCUUACAUUCGUACGGUAUCCGAGGUUCGCCCUGAAUGGCUAUUAGAGUUUGCGACGAACUACUUUGACCUAUCAACAUUUACCGACGGCGAGACCAAGCGGGCGUUGCAACGAGUGGUGAAUAAGAAAGCAGGCAAGGUUGGAAAGAGGAGUGACAUUGCAAAUGGAGACACGAGAGAAACGAAGAAGCGCAAAAAGAAUUGAUUACUGUCUUCAGUUGAUGAAUUAUGUUCGCGACAUUAUCUUGCUACUUUUUGGCGACUCGCUUAUAAUUUGUGUUAGAUUUAGAUAGUGUCAUCCUUGUCUAUAACCUUGAUACUGGGAUGUUUUCCCUAGAAUGUGCUCUUGUGAUCGUUUUGCCCUCUGAGAAGAAUCCGGACCGCCCGCGAGUGAUGGAAGUCGGUUCACAUGGGCACUCGAUGUUCGGCAUGUAAUUCGAGUUCUGAG